AUGUCAACCUCACAAGCGAAAGUCGAAUGCGAAAAUCGAUCAUCUCUUCUGGUCGCCCUCAGAGCACUUGAAAGAGAUCCUUCUGGCGAGGGGUUUUCACAUCUCGGCACGGAUGGUGUGUGGAGGAAUUUCGGCAAGGACGGCAAGGUCUUCAGCUACAGAGCGUUGAGUCCGGAAGAGAUCAAAGAGGUAGUCGGUCUCUUUGGGGGAGACACACGAAGCGACCUCGAAUCCAAGCUCGACGGCGUUGACGGGCGGGAUGUCAAGGAUGCGGAUCAACUGCUCCACCCCGGUGCAGAAAUCGCGCCACCAUCGCUCUUUGCGACGCCUAUCAAACCCCCCUCCCCCGGGGGCGGGGCCAACGAGGCCAGGUGA